AUGAGCUUAAGACAAUUUGUUUUUAUUUUGGUGAUUGGAUAUUUCUUGAGCAUCUACAAUGUUUAUAGGAAACAACAAUUACAACGUGAUAUUCGACUAGAGGAGAUAGUAGAUCAUUCCAUUAUCAACAGCAACAACAACAACAAAAAUAAUAUUAAUAAUAUUAAUAAUAAUAAUGAUCAAUUCUCAUUUGAAGAUCCAAUCACUUUUAAUAUUACAUUAAAUAACUUUAGUGAGGCACUCAGCAACUAUCAGAUUGUAAUAGUACAGGAUAGUCGAGCAGUCCGUACAAACGAAUCCAAUGUUGAUUUCGAAAAAUUGAAUCAGCUGCUAGCCGGACAGAAUUUAUCAGAUAGAGUAGCAUUCACCAGAUUAAAAUGUAUAGGUUAUGAAUAUCCAUGUAAAGCCAUGCAUUAUUACAGUUAUGUGUCGAUGUUUGUUCGAUACGAUCCCGCUGAGCAUACAACUGACAGCCAUCAUCGACUUUUAAUGGAAUACAAUCCAAAUCUAAAAAAAGGGGAGAUACCAACAACACACUUUGUGAGAGAUAUAUUCCGUGAAAUCAAUAUUGAAUAUUUAAUGGAGAGAAUUCAUUUUGAGUUGUCUCCAAGGAUUACAGUUUUAAAUACAAUUGAUGAGUAUAAUAGAUUAAUAAAUAAUGUCAAGUAUUCAAUCAUUGGUGUAUUUAGCAAUAAGGAUAAUCAUCAUUAUCAAUGGUUUGAUAAUAUAACAAAGUCGAUUGCAUCAACCAAGUUUACUGUUAUAUUUACAGAUAAUAGCAAUAACAUUGGAAAUAUUGAUAGUAGUAAUAGUGAUAAUAAGUUAUUACAUUAUUUAAAUAUCGAUAACUUUAAAGAUGAUGAUUCUUAUAUAUUAGUAGUAAAUAGUGAUAUAGAGUAUAAUCAUCAUAUUUUUAAACAAUAUCAAGUAAAUAAUUAUAAUGAUUUAGAAUCAUUUAUUAGAUCAUUCAGUAUUAAACCAAUGAUAAACGAUUAUACCGAUUUAGGACAUGAUUUGGUAACAUUGAAUAGAUAUAGACCCAAUGAUAGUAAUUAUAAUAACAAUGCAUUUCCAAUAAUAUUCAUAUUUUGUGAAGAUAAUCAAUAUGAAUCAUUUAAGCAACAACUAUUACCAAUUGCAUUAAAUUACAGUGGACAAGUAUCAACCAUUGUUAGUCAACAAAAUAGUAAAUAUCCAAAUGCUUUAUUUAUAGAUAAACAAAAUAUUAGAUAUAAUUAUAAUUAUAGUAGUAAUAGUAAUAAAAGUAGUAAUGAUAGUUCAGCUAUUAAAAUUGAUAUUGAAUCAUUUGAGCAAUGGAUAAAUCAAUGUUUGAAUAGUACAUCCAAAUUAUAUAGGAGAAUGUAUGAUAUAGAAAAUGAUACAAUCGAUUCAUUCAUGUCAGACCAUAAGGUAACAUUGUUGUUAUUUUAUUAUCAUUGGGAUGGACAUAGCAAGAAAUUGCAACGAACUAGUUUGGUAGAGAUUGUGUCCGAAUUAAAUGAUGAUAUGAACAUUGCAAUCGGUCGUGUAGAUUGCGAAAAAAACAAACAACUUUGCGAGCAUUUCAAUGUCACUGGUACUCCAACCAUAUAUACACAUAGCAAUCAGACAUAUCAACUAUCAAGAUGUAUUAAUAGAUCUAAAGCUGCACUAUAUUAUUAUAUCUAUCAUACAUUAGAUCCAAUUAUGAGAAAUGAACAACAAUUAUUUAGAUAUCUUAAAGAUAUUAAUAAUUUUGUUGUUGCAUUUGUUGGACCGAGUGGGUACGAUUCGGAACUAUAUAAAUUGAUGAGCAGUGACAAAUACUCGAAAUAUGGAUAUUUACAUACAUACAUUUUCUAUGUAUUUAAUAAUGAAGAAUUGGUUAGUAAAUUUAGUAGUUUGGCCAAUGGUUCACCAAAUGUUGUUGGUUUCAUCAAUGGUAAAUCACCUGUUGAUUUCAAUUCACGAUAUGGUGAUAUCAAUAUAAAUAACAAUAAUAAUAGUAGCAAACUAUCAAAAUUUGUGAAAAUCUAUGCAACAGAACCACCAGACUAUAUCCAGAGUAUUGAUAAUAUUGAUAGGGAGCUUUGUAAUGAAAUGCCAUGUUUGAUUCUCAUAGAAGAUAACCAUUGUUUUGCUUUUAUUGAAUCAUUGGCAACACAACUUCAAGGAGAGGUUCAAGUUUAUUAUCUUAGUCAUUAUGGAAAACAACACUCAUUCGGUGUUGAUUGUUCGAAUAUAUUGGUUUUGUUUUACAAUGGAUCGACAUAUCGACCAUUCUCAGUGGAUAUUAAUUGUGACCAAAGAUCAAUAGAUUCAACUGCAAUUCUUCAAUGGAUAAAACAUUCAAUUGACAAUCAAACUUUUUUAAAGAUUAAAGAUAGAAUAAACCAAAGAGAUUAA